GCGUGCGCGGUUGCUCCUGAGCGCCGCCGCCGAGCCCCGGCGCCAUGUUGGCACCGAGGGGAAGGAGGCGAAGCGCUUGAGGCCGCGGGCGCGGAGCAGGGUCCACCAGGGCUGGAAGAGCGCCGCCCCUGCCGCCGCCUCGGAUCAUGCCCCGGGCGGCCGCCGCGGAGGCUGGGGUGGGGGCGGAAGGGCCCUGGCGGGGCCGGCGCUAGCGAUGAUGCCGUUCCCGGUGCCGGCCCCGGGCGCGCCGGCGCAGGCGCCGCCGGAGAAGCGCUAUGGCAUCUCGUCGCCGAUCAGCCUGGCCGCCCCCAAGGAAACCGACUGCGCGCUCACCCAGAAGCUGAUCGAGACCCUGCGGCCCUUCGGCGUGUUCGAGGAGGAGGAGGAGCUGCAGAGCAGGAUUUUAAUUCUGGAGAAGUUAAAUAAUCUGGUCAAGGAAUGGAUACGAGAAAUCAGUGAAAGCAGGAGCCUUCCGGAAGCCGUGGUCGAGAGCGUGGGCGGACGGCUGUUCACGUUCGGCUCCUACCGGCUGGGGGUGCACACCAAGGGCGCCGACAUCGACGCGCUGUGCGUGGCGCCCAGGCACGUGGAUCGCAGCGACUUCUUCACCUCCUUCUAUGACAAGCUGAAGCUGCGGGAAGAAGUCAGAGACUUAAGGGCUGUGGAGGAGGCGUUUGUCCCAGUCAUAAAACUGUGUUUCGAUGGGGUGGAGAUCGACAUUUUGUUUGCGAGGUUAGCCCUGCAGACCAUUCCGGAAGAUCUGGACCUGAGAGACGACAGUUUGCUGAAAAACUUAGAUAUCAGAUGCAUAAGAAGUCUUAAUGGUUGCCGGGUAACUGAUGAAAUUUUACAUCUGGUACCAGACAUUGACAACUUCAGGUUAACUCUGAGAGCCAUCAAAUUGUGGGCCAAAUGCCACAAUAUCUACUCCAAUAUAUUAGGUUUCCUUGGAGGCGUCUCCUGGGCUAUGCUGGUGGCGAGAACUUGCCAGCUGUAUCCGAAUGCAGUGGCAUCAACUCUUGUACGUAAGUUUUUCUUGGUGUUCUCUGAAUGGGAAUGGCCAAACCCGGUGUUGCUGAAAGAGCCCGAGGAGCGGAAUCUGAAUUUGCCUGUUUGGGACCCCAGAGUGAACCCCAGUGAUAGGUACCAUCUCAUGCCCAUAAUCACCCCGGCGUAUCCCCAGCAGAACUCCACCUACAACGUGUCCGUCUCCACCAGGAUGGUCAUGAUUGAGGAGUUCAAGCAAGGGCUUGCUAUCACGCAUGAAAUUUUGCUGAAUAAGGCGGAGUGGUCCAAACUUUUUGAGGCUCCAAGCUUCUUUCAAAAGUACAAGCAUUAUAUUGUACUUUUGGCAAGUGCGCCAACGGAAAAACAACACCUGGAGUGGGUGGGCUUGGUGGAAUCCAAGAUUCGGAUCCUGGUUGGGAGCUUGGAGAAGAAUGAAUUUAUUACGCUGGCACAUGUGAAUCCACAGUCAUUUCCGGCACCCAAGGAGAACCCUGACAAGGAGGAGUUUCGCACGAUGUGGGUGAUCGGGCUAGUCUUAAAGAAGCCAGAAAACUCUGAAAUUCUCAGUAUUGACCUCACCUAUGAUAUUCAGUCUUUCACAGAUACAGUGUAUAGGCAGGCAAUCAAUAGCAAGACGUUUGAAAUGGAUAUGAAAAUUGACGCAAUGCAUUUGAGAAGAAAAGAACUUCACCAGCUGCUCCCCAAUCAUGUGCUACAGAAGAAGAAGCACCCUGCUGAGGGCGUCAGGUUGACAGCUGUGAGUGACAGCAGCCUCGGCACCGACAGCGAGAACAGCAUGCCCGUGCCUUCGCCCACUGGCCUCGUGACGGGCAGCUGCCCGGGCAGAAGCAGCCCUGCCCCGGCUGUCCUGUCAGUGUCUCUGGGCAGCAGCACGCAGCCCUCUGAGGUCGCCUCGCAACCCCUGAGUCCCAGCGAAGGCGCUGGGGCUGUGCUGAGUGAAGGCGGCCCUCAGACUGCCUCACAACCAAAGCCCACCGUCACCAGAGUCGUUUCUUCAACGUGUCUGGUGAGCCAUCCACCCAUACCUGCAGGAAGUGCAGCAGCCAGCAUCCCUAACCCCAUAGUAGGAGUCUAGGGACACUGACCUCACGGGAAAGGAGGGUAGAAACAAGAACACACGAGGAGCAACCCGGGAGAGACAGUUACAGAUGAGGUGCAAGUGUUCGGCGGGCAGCUUCUCUGUCGGCCUCUCAGGAAACGUCCAGCACAGAUUUCCCUCCAUCCCUGGUCCUGCCAGUCAGACAGGUGGACUGGAGAGAGACGACUGCCAGCUCAGCCUGCUGUCUUCACAUCCCAGAGAAGGAGAAGGAGGCCGGCAGACGGCUCAGCGCGGACUCAGAGCAGACUUGGGCUCCUCUGGUUGCUUCGUUCAUGGGCUGAUCUGGGUCGGGACUCCAGGUUGGUAAGUGAAGCUGGGAGUGCUGUCACUUAGCACCCGCAGAAGGUGCAUCCACUCCCGCAGAGGACUGCCGCCCUUGAAGAAGAGAAAACCUCCAGCUGUAUUUACAUCCACGACUGACAUCUGGACUGCAUUUAUGCUUGAUGCAUUGUUGGGAGAAUUGCCAGUCUAACCAACAGAAUUCUUUAUGCCAGUGAUGCACUUUAGAACUAAUUUUAGAUUUUUCAACUUGAUGAAUUUCAGUUCUUUCCUGAAGAGGUUUUUAUCACAAUCUUAAAGUUAGGUACCCUUACAUAGCAGUGUACCAUACAUCAGAGAAAGCAUUAAGUGUUAUCUAGCUCAGUGCCUGUGAGAGAGCUGUCACCCUCUGAAAGGCAAUGUCCACUCCAAGGGUAGACAUUUGACAUCAAAACAGUGACUAGUAAAGCUUUGGUUUUCAUGGGACAUGGUCACGAUGUGAUACAUUGGUUUUAUCUGUGAAAUUAUUAUAGAGACUGUAUAAUCAGUGAUCAGACAUUUUCUUGGAGCUAACAAAGCCUACUCUCUGUCCUCAAUCAUUUGUCCUAACACAAAAGAAGCUUUUUGCCUCCCCUGUCUGUUUUCUUUGCUUGUAUGCACAAGGGAUGUGCUUGUAUGUUGUCUCAUUAAAAACGGGAUACUAGUAUUUUCUAAACCAUGAUGUGAAACUCAGACUCUUGUGGUCAUGGGGCACAAAGCACCAGAUCUGGGUUGCAUGGCCAGUACUUCAGUGAAGCCUUGCUAAUACGGUGCCCUUGAGACCCAGUACUGCCCUUAGGUGGCCGUUUGGUUUCCAUAGAUGGGGAUUUGUGUACAUUCCAUAGAAUAUGACCUGCCUAUAGAGAAGUCCAAUUCUGAAAAUAUAGGCAAAAAAGGCAUUUUCUCCAAGAAUGUCAAACCAGUGUUUAUUUUAAAGUGACCUGCCAGAAUCCGUCAGUAAAUGUUACGUGUAGAGACAGGAAAAGCUUGGGCAAGCACAUCCCGUCCAGCUGGCUUUCUCUGCUUUUGAUUAGUCCUGCCGAAGAUGAGGAAUACUUUUCUUUAGAUUCACAGGAGGAGCCCUCACGGUGAAGCGCCAGGAGUCUGCGUGUAGGGAACACGAGGGACAGCGGGUGAGAGCCUGCCGUGUUCUGUCUGCGUCCUGUCCAACCCCGGCAUGCCCAGUGGGCGGUCGGUGAGACUGCUUCUGGCUCCGCCUCUUCUCCCCCCUUCCCAGCUGCCUUCCUUUCCACCGCACAUGUGGUUUUCACGUUAAGCUGCAGUUAAACUUUAGACUAUCGUUUUAGAUGAAUUUUCCAAGUUGGAGUAGUCUGUUUCCUUGUAGGCAGUGAGCGGGUGAGACCUGCUCUCCCCGCCGCACUCGUGUCUGCUACGCAGCGUUUCUGCGUCCUGCUGCUCUGUGCACGCGCCCUGCCAUUCACCACCAUAACACAUCUAGCUGUGCACGGGCUCUGUGCGGACCAGCUAGCUGUGGGUUUAGGUUGAACUUGCCAGGCACCAAUGUAGUCUUGUCAUUUUGUUUACAUAUUUGGAAAAACGUUAGUUUAUUAAAUGUUUCAUGUUACUACCUUCUUUUCCCAAGCUGGAAACUUGGGAGCUUUUAAUUUUAGUUUUGAUUCCUUGAAUAUUAGACUAUUUUUUCCAUAUGAUGUACGUAGUGCCUUAUGACUGAAGUUUGCUUUGUUAACUGGUAUCUGUACUCCUUGUAUUUUCAAGUGCUAUUUUGAAAACAGAUGAUGUAUUUCUCCAUUAAAAACACAAUAAAAAGUGGCAAAGUGAAGCUAAAA